ACAAAGAAAGAAAAAGCUUAAGAAGAAGAACACGAAGAAGCAGAAGAAGAAGUCUUUCAAUUCAAUGUAGCUGAUUAGCGUAGAAUUAAUCUAUACUGCUUACAGAGUCUAAUUGUUUUAUGUUUGACUUGUAAUUUAUUGAGAAGCUGGACUGUGAACCGCAGUGUUUGACUCGGGUUUGAACAGCAGCUCGGAGAGAAUGAAGGUGAAGAUAAGGCAGUGGAACGGAGUGGCCUCCUGGUCCUGGGUGGCUAACGAUGAAAACUGCGGCAUCUGCAGGAUGCCUUUCAACGGCUGCUGUCCGGACUGUAAAGUUCCUGGAGACGACUGCCCGCUGGUCUGGGGUCAGUGCUCUCACUGUUUCCACAUGCACUGCAUCCUGAAGUGGCUGAACUCCCAGCAAGUCCAGCAGCAGUGCCCCAUGUGUCGUCAGGAGUGGAAGUUCAAAGAGUGACUCCGGUUGACUAUGUGAACUAUAAAGAUGGACGCUUCACAGGAAUUGAAGAAUUCACAGGAAUUCUCUCUCUCUUUUUUUACCUCCUGUAAACCGCAGAGUUUCCAGUUUGUUUAAUGCUGUGGAUAUUUUUGAUAUAAUUUCUGUUAAGUUUGUGAUAAAGUCUUAACACACAACAUAACUUUCAGGAACAACUUGGAUGAAAACAUUCAUGACUGGUUGAUGUUUCUGGAAAACCUGCUUUUAAACUGCUUAAUUAAUUUGACAUAGAUGCACUUUUUAAUCUCUUUUAACUUGCAGCAGGACUAAAUGAAAAUUUACUCACAGUUUUUUUUUUUUCUUCAAGAAAUCUGACCCAAAGCAUUUCUGUCCAGUUUUUGAUGCUGCAAGAAAUCUUCUUGUUCCUACACAAUUAAAGCACGUUUGAAGCAGAAAAAUACAUCCUGGUUGGAGUCGAAUAUUAAUAUCAGACCCAAGACUGAUGGUGUUAUUGGAUUGAGCAGAGGCUACCGAUCCAGGUUCCACUUUCCUGUGCUGUAUCAGCUGGUAUUGGACAGAAAGUUCAUGUUUGGAGUCAAACAGUUGUUGCACAUCAUAUUAUUAAUAAAAUACAUGUAAUGAAAUAAAUUAUGUUUGUAAAACAGCUAGUGGUUUUGUAUACAAAAAUGAGUAAAUAAAACUAAUACAAAAAUGGCAA